AUGAUAAAGAAAAAUACUUAAGUACAUCGUAAUGACACUUCUCAAUCUUACAACUUAUAAAGUUAUAAGAAAGUGUAAGAAAAAGGUUAGUUAUAAGUUUGUUUUGUUUUUGGAUUGUGUUUAGUUGGUCUGGCUUUAGGCAUAAAAAGCCUUCAAAAUGUUGUGGAGUAUGGAUAAAAGUUCUAUUAAUUAUAAUUUAUGUUUUUUGUAUUAUCUGAUAUCAAAUAAAUCUAUUAUAUUCAUUUUAUUUAAGUAAUCUACAAAUGGCGAAUCAAUAAAGUUUAUUUAUUCUAAUUCUUAUAUCAUUAUUUAAGGCUUAAGAAUUGUGGGAAAUUAUUUACCAAAGCUUUCAAGACAAAGACACAAUGGAUGUAUAAGCUUAUUUUCACCAUAAAUUAUUUAGGGUGGAUUGUAAGUAAUAAUUUUGAUGAAAAUUUAUUUUCCACCUGCAAUGGUUUUACAUUGUUUGGUGGGAUAAAUGCAUUUGCAAGAUAUACAAUAAUAUCUAAGUAAUUUUCCUUACCUCCUCAUUAUGGAGUUAGAGUAACUUUCGAAUUUUGGAAGUAUUUAUGAUAUUAAAAGUAGAAUUGAUAGUUGGAAUUAUGAUGAGAUUAUCUAUGCAAUUGUAGAUGAUAAAGUGUUUUCAAAACAUUAUCUUUGGUUCGAAGGAAGUUAAAUGUGUGGAAUAGGAAAUGAUUGGAAUGAGCUAAAAGAAUAAAUUACUUUUAUUUUGGAUCAUAAUUCAGAGUCACUAAUAUUUGUAAUUACUUCAAAUCUCGAUUAAGAUCCAGUUGAUGUACAGUUUAAUUAAUAUUAAAGGAAAGUUGGGGAAUCAGAAAUUUUGUUUUGUCAAUAUUAAGAUGUCCUUAGAAUUGUUUAUAUUGUUUAGAUAAUGAUUAUAGUAAUUGCUAUUUUUGGAUUGGUCUUUUACAAUAAUGGCAUCAAUCGAUAAAUCUUGAUGGAUGGAUGAAAAAUGAUAAUAUCUAACCUGCAAUUUAAAAAUGUGUGAGUUUUGAUCUUGUUUAAUUAGCACCAAAUGAUAGACUAGAAAAAACUAUAGAAAAUUUGACUCCACAUUAUAAAAUGUAAAUAAAUGUCUAAGCUUGGUAAAUAGAUUCUUGGAAUAAUGAGACAUUUUCUUUAGGAAUAGAUGAUAAACUUUAUAAUUAAACUCUUUUUGAAACUUCAGGUAUUUAUUCGCUUUGCGGUAAUAAUGGAUUAGAAUUGAUAUUUAAUAUUGGAAUUUCUUUAUUUCAUUCAUAAUCCUAAUGUUAAAUUUCUAUGAGUACUAAUCAUAAUACUAAAACUACAAAUGCAUCCUUGGGAAUAAGAGCCAUUAAUAUAUACCUUGCAAAAUGUUUUACUGGUUGUGCUCAAUGUAUAGGGCCAUAAAAAACAGAUUGUACUGUUUGUUAAAGUGGAUGGGUUUUUUACAAUAAUUUAUGCUCUCAUCUUAAUCAUUAAUCCUUAUAAAAUAGCCCCUCCUAUGCUUUUUUCUACAAUAUCAAUUAAUUAAAUUCAAGAUUCACUGAAAUAAGAAAGGAUUCCGAUGGAAAUCCAUUUAUUAGAAGUUGAUUAAUAAAUAUCCACAUAUGGAAAAUAACCUAUUUUAGUUAGGAACAAUUAAAUAAUCUUGACUAUUCAAGUUUAUGUAAAAUGUUUUCCAAAUAAAAUAAUUAAAGGUUUAUUUUAAAUCAAUAAACCAUAAAAUUUGUACUAAUAUUAAUAUAAAAAAAAUUGCUAAUAGAGUUUAGAUUUUAUAAUUUUUAAAGUUAAAUAUGAAUUAAAGACAAUUUCAGAUUAAAAUUUGAUAAUUAAUACAUCUAAUACAAAAUGUUUAAUUUAUUAAGUAAUUAACGUUGCUGAUAAUUUAAAUCCUAUCAAAGUUUUAGAAAUCUUUUUGGAGGAUGUGUGA